CUCUCUCACACACGGGCAGCCGUUCACAUUCCCAGUUAGCGGUACCAAGAAAAUAUUCUCACAUUCAGGGGCAAACGUCUCCGAAUCACCAGCCGGACAACAUGGCCUCAGGUGUCACAGUCAACGAUGAAGUCAUCAAGGUCUUCAACGACAUGAAAGUGCGCAAGUCCUCAACUUCGGAUGAGGUGAAAAAACGCAAAAAGGCGGUACUCUUCUGUCUCAGUGAGGACAAGAAGAAGAUCAUUGUGGAGGAGGGCAAGCAGAUCCUAGUCGGUGACAUUGGAGAGACGGUCGAUGACCCCUAUGCCUGCUUUGUAAAGCUCCUACCUCUUAACGAUUGCAGAUAUGGCUUGUAUGACGCAACUUACGAAACUAAAGAGUCCAAGAAAGAAGACUUGGUAUUUAUAUUUUGGGCCCCUGAGGGUGCACCACUAAAAAGCAAGAUGAUAUAUGCUAGCUCUAAAGAUGCCAUUAAAAAGAAGUUUACAGGUAUCAAACAUGAAUGGCAGGUUAAUGGUUUAGACGACAUUCAGGACCGCUCGACCCUGGCAGACAAGUUGGGCGGCAGCGUGGUUGUAUCGCUCGAAGGGAGACCAUUGUAAAACCAACAAACCCGUGCCAUCUGGAUUCCACCCGCUUUCAUCUUAGCAGCUGUGUCUCUAUCAUUUGAUCCCCGAAGGAAUAGCUUUAGAUGUUUUUUUUCCCCCCCUUUUUUUCGUUUGUUUGUUUGUUUUUUUCCACAUGAAGGAGAUCUCAUUAACAUAUGCAAAAAAAAAAAGAGUCUACCAGUUUAUUGCCAGUUGACUCUAAAAACCUGGUAGGUUUUGUAAACUUUGAAAGAAUGUUUUUUCAGUGCGUGUUUUGCCAAACAAAAAAGCAAAAAAAACUGACACUAUUUGAAAUUAACUGCGCUUCCCACUAUGUUUCACAACACUCUCACAUUUACAGCGAUAUUCUACUGUUCUGUAGCAUAGAGAGAUUGGAGAAUGCUUUGUAGCCAUGCCUUGACAGUGAUACGCUGCCUAGGUGCUAACUAAUAACAAAGCACUUUGCACUCCACGUAUAAAAAAACCUAUUUAUUUUAUUUUUUUUUACCGUUCUAAUCCAAUUUGGCUCAUUUCACACGGCAAACACGCAUUAAAGACUAUGCAGACAAAGCACUUUGUUGAUUGUACACUACUAUAGUUAAGACAGAGAGGUUGAGAAGGACUGUGUUGAAUUUCUGUGUUUGACAUCUGGAUUGAAGUGAAGUAGUAUUCAUUGCUGCCGUUGCAUAUGGACGAGGACAGAUGAAUAGCUUACAGGUCCGUCACAGCCUUACUUACAUUGGAAUGUACAGUACACCACUGAAUAAGGAGAAGGAGGGUGCUGCUUUGACCUUUCUUUGUUGUUUUUUUUUUUUGUUUUUUUGUUGUUUUGUUUUGUUUUUUAAACACUAAAAGAGAAUACAUACGUAUCUGUAACGAUGGCAAUAUCGGCAUCUGCAGCCUUAAGUGGAACAUUGUUUUUGAGAUCAAAGAAGGUGCCACUUCGCAAUAAAACUUUGUGGCAGACAACA